AGUGUGGAAGGACCCGUCCCUUUGGCGGCACGGAGAGUGGUGGGAGUGCCCAGAGCGCUGUGCCCGCAGCCCGUCCGACUCGCAGCUUCUCCUCGGCGGCGUCGCCAUGUCCGUCAGCGAGAUGUUCAUCGCUUUGCAAGGGGUGCUCACGGCCGACCAGGAUAUCCGCGAGGAGAUCAGGAAAGUUGUUCAAACUCUGGAGCAAACAGCCCGGGAAAUUCUUACAGUGCUACAAGGAGUCCACCAGGGGUCUGGAUUUCAGGACAUACCAAAGAAGUGUCAGAAGGCUCGUGAACACUUUGGUACUGUUAGAACACAGUUGGCCUCUCUGAAAAACAAGUUCCCUGCAGAUCAAUAUUACAGAUUUAAUGAACAUUGGAGAUUUGUGUUACAACGUUUGGUGUUCUUAGCAGCAUUUGUUGUCUACUUGGAGACAGAAACCUUAGUGACUCGGGAAGCUGCUACAGAAAUACUUGGAAUUGAAUCUGAAAGAGAGAAAGGCUUUCACCUGGACAUUGAGGAUUACCUCUCUGGGGUGUUGACUCUGGCUAGUGAGCUGGCUAGGUUGGCAGUGAACAGUGUCACAGCUGGAGACUACGCCCGUCCCCUCCGCAUCUCUGCUUUUAUCAACGAGUUGGAUUCCGGAUUCCGCCUUCUCAACCUGAAGAAUGACUCCCUGAGGAAGCGCUACGAUGGCCUCAAGUACGAUGUCAAGAAGAUAGAGGAGGUGGUUUAUGACCUGUCCAUCAGGGGGCUCAACAAGGACUCAAUUGCUAAUGCUGGUGGGGAGAAAUAGAGGAGGGCUUGUUGAACUGAAGCAAUCAUUACCUCAGUCUUGCUGCCAAUGAAGGAGAAGCUUUAACUUGAGCUCUCCAGCAGUAGUUUAGAGGAACCACAAAGCUGCAUACCACUGUUGUUUUUUCCUAAUGGAAUGUUUAGUAUGUCCAAGCAGAAGCACUCAUCCCCCCCCCAAGCCCCUCUAGCAGGCACUGCUUGGAGUCCUAAGUCACCCUGGCGUAAGCAAACUGUCAUCUCUGAACUACAGCUGUUGCUAUCCCAUUAUCCCUGCAGAACCAAGUAUGGGGAUUAUUUUCCCCCUGCGUCACAGCCUUUGUUCAAGCCUCAUCCUUUUUGGAUCUCCACGUCAUUUACAUGUAGCACAGUUUAUGCAGACUGCUGCCCUGGGCUCCUUUGUAAUAAAUAAAAGUUCUGUACUUGGCUGCAGCUGAUGUGUAAACAGCUUGUCAAAAAGCAUCCAUUUUGUGCUCAUCUGUGUAAAUCAGAUAGAUUGCUGCAUAAAAUCAAGAGUUCAGAACUAGGAUGAUCAGUUCAGUAGACAUAUUGUUGGGAAUGUAUGUUUUCAAAUAGUCACCAUUAUAUAGUACACAUAUAUUUGUAUCCUUAAACAUGCUGAUUUUUACAUUUGGGAAGAGACGUGAAAUAGUCAUUGAGGCCGAACAGUUGCUUGGGGGCAUUUUCCAGGUAUAUAUAUAAGUUUUAAAAAGCAAAUCCUGGAACAUGUUUGAGGUGAUUUUUUUGUGGGGGGAGGAGCACAGAUUUCAAGGAGGUAAGUAGUUACGUAACAGGGCAAAGGUGUUUGUGUUCCUUUGAAUUCUAAGUGACCUGUUUCACAUUUCCUUCAUUUUGUAUUGUAUCUUUUUUAUAUAACGUUCUUGGUCCAUCAUGCAGCAAAGAAUGCAUUUGGCCUUAACAAAAAACGGUGACACUUACCUUGAUCCUAAACACAUGUACAUGGAGGCGAGUUGCUUUGUGCAUAGGAGCACAGCUUUUGUAUGUAGGGUGCAGGUGCAAAUCACUCUUCUUUCACCUCCAUGUGUGUGCUACCUCCACUGUAUUAGUAGUUAACAUCCAUCUUCUGAAUCUCAUUUAUAUGUGCAAAAUUUGUUUCUGCAAUAUACUGUGUUGUUUUAUCUGAGCAUUUUUCAUAUUGUGUGCUGUAUAGGAUCUGUUUUCCCCCUUGCCCUAAAGUUUUUCCUUUGACAAAUAUCAUCUCCAAAAGAUAAGAAAAAUAUUUGUACUUUACAAUAUUAGUGGCUGUAAGUAUCUUUUGUUUGUAAAUCUUUGCCUUUUUCUGGUUACGUUUUGGGAUGGGUGGGGGAAAGUUAAUUGAAAAGUAAAUUCUUCCUUUGUUAACGUGGGUAAAUAAAAGACACUGUUCUUUAA